GAGAAGUCCAGCCGGAGGAGGCGGGGCGAGGACGGCGGCAAGGCCAAGUCUGACGCCCCAUCGGAGAAGAAGAGCAAGAAGGAGCCGAAGGGCAAGGCCGAGGACAAGCGAGCCGCUGCCGACCCUCCGGGCAGCGGUGCCGCGGCCAUCAGCCACUCCUCCUUCAUGGCCGCCUACCACAAGCGCCGGGAGGAGCGCGCGAAGGCGGAGGAGGCGAAGCGGAAGGAGCAGGAGCAGAGGAAGUCGGGCGCGGGCAAGGAGAUGGAGCUCAAGAAGCAGCUGGAGGCGAUGAAGAAGGAGGAGGACGCGGAGCGGAAGCAGAGCGUGAGGGAGGAGCAGAAGAGGCGGGCAGAGGAGCGCCAGAAGCGCGAGGAGGCUUUCCAGGCGAAGCUGGCUGGUCUGGCCGCCAAGGCAGAGUCCAGCAGAGGGAAGAAGGCGCCAGCGAAGAGCAAGGACGAGGAGAAAGAGGAGGACGACGACGAAGACGAGGACGAGGACGAGGAGGAGAAGAAGAAGGCAUCCCAGGCUGCGAAGGCCAAGGCGAGCAAGAAGCAGGCGGAGCUGGAGGAGGAGCGCAAGGCCAACGACCAAGCUCGGCUCGAGGCUGAGCGCGAGAAGCGCGAGGAGGCUGCCAGGGAGCAGGAAAGGAGAAGAGAAACAGACAAGGAUAAGGAGAGGGGGGCCGAAAAAGAGCAGGCGAAGGAGUCUGCCAAAGAACCUUCGAAAGACGAGGAGAGGCGACGAGAGGAGGAAGAGACAGACAAGGAGGACGACAAGAAAGACAGGGGCGACGACAAGAAGGCCAAGAAGGAAAAGGAGGGCAAGCGACCGGCGCGGGACGACGACCGCGACAGAAGUGGAGGCCGCGACAGGAGUCGCAGCGGCGAGGGUCGGCGUGGUGAUCGCCGGGACGACCGCCGGGACGACCGCAGAGGUCGCGACCGCCGGGACGACCGCAGCGGCGACCGGGACCGGGACCGCGACCGACGCGGAGACCGCGACCGCGACCGCGACCGCGACCGGCGCGACCGCGACAAGAGGGACCGCAAGGACCGCAGCGACGAGGACCGCGACCGGCGUGACCGACCGCAGCGACGACGACCGCGACCGGCGCGAGCGCAGGGACCGCAAGGACGACGACCGCAAGGACGGGGACCAAGAAGCCCCCGGCGGAGGCCGAGGCGGAGAGGCCAGCGAAGCCCGAGAGCGCGCGCGAGGAGGAGACCGACAAGGAGGAGGCGGGCAAGGAUCGAGGACGCGCCAGACGCGGAGGAGACCAAGAAGGUGGAGCCACAGGCGCCGAAGGCCGAGGCGCCUCCGCCAGAGAAGGCGCCAGUGCCCGAGAAGUCGAGCCAGGAGGCCGGGAAGCCCAAGGAGCCAGAGGAGCCCGAGAAGCCGAGUGAGCCAGAGAAGCCUAAGGACAGCGCUGAGGAGCGCAAGAAGACCGCGGCGGAGCUCAGGCAGGAGGAGGAGGACAGAAAAAAAGAGAAAGAGGAGUUGAGAAAGAAGAAGGAAGAGGACCACAGGAGGCGCGAGGAGGAGCUGCAGCGGCGGCGCGACGAGAAGCGCCGCCGGGAGGAGGAGGAGCGCAAGAAGGCAGACGAGUCAAAGCAGUCCGAGCGGGACGACAAGCGGAAGGUCCAGGAUUCUGCUCGCAAGGAGGAGCUGGAGAGAAGACGAAAAGAGCAGGAGGCGCGGAUCGAGGAGGAGAAGAAGAAGAGAGACGAGGAGGAAAAGGCCAGAGCAGAGGCGGAGGCCAAGAAGAAGGAGCAGGAGGCCAAGGUGCUUCGGCAGCAGCAGGCGACGCUGGCCGUGCUGAAGGUGCUGCAGAAAAUCUCCAACGCCAAGCCAGACAACUUCGACGAACUGAGCGCCGAGUUGGACAAGGUGCUGAAGGACGACCUGCCCGACACCGGCGCGCAGCAGGCCGUCCUGAGGAGCGAGGCGGACCGCGUGCUGGAGUACGCGAGGCAGUACGUCGAGCAGGUCCGGGAGCAGCAGAAGAAGAUAGCGGCGCAGAAGCAGGCCCAGGCGCAGAGGAAGGAGGAGUCCGAGGCAGAGUGCCUGAAGCUGCUGGAAGAGCUCUGGAAGCUGGUGGAGGCCGCCGAGACCACCUCCGCGAAGGUCCACGAGGCCGCUGGGCCGCUGAAGGGCGAGUGCGACCUGGCAGACCUGGAGGUGCUGAAGGCGGUCAGGGCCGUGGAGAAGACGGGCAGGGCGGCCUCGGCUGCGUGCAGUGCCUGCGCCGACUUCCUGGCAAAGAAGCGCCCCGUCAUGGAAGAAGCGGAGCACAUUAAGGAAGACACCACUGCGGCGAUCAAGUUGGUGGAGCCGAAGAUAAGGCAGGCGACGGAGCGGACCACGAGCGCGACGGCCCGCGCCAAGGAACUCAAGGACAAGAUCGCCAGACAGGUGAACGCGGCGAAGGGGGACUCCCGGAAGAGGGCCCUGUUCGAGAAGUACGACAAGGACAGGGAUGGUUUCCUCAGCCGAUCCGAGAUGGCCGCGUACGCGAAGUCCGAGUUCGGCUUCGAGCUGCCGGAGUGCAACCUGGAGCGCAUCUGCAGGCAGCUGGUGCAGAGUGGCGGCAGAGGU